AUGGGUCGUGUUAUUAGAGCACAAAGAAAGAGCGGAGGAAUUUUCCAAGCUCACACUCGCCUUCGUAAGGGAGCCGCUCAGCUCCGUACUUUGGACUUUGCUGAGCGUCACGGAUACAUCCGUGGUGUCGUCCAAAAGAUCAUUCAUGACCCUGGUCGUGGUGCUCCUUUGGCUAGAGUUGCUUUCCGCAACCCUUACCACUACCGUACUGAUGUCGAGACCUUCGUUGCUACUGAAGGUAUGUACACUGGUCAAUUCAUCUACUGUGGUAAGAACGCUGCUUUAACCGUUGGUAACGUUUUGCCCGUCGGUGAGAUGCCUGAAGGUACCAUUGCCUCCAACGUCGAAGAAAAGUCUGGUGACCGUGGUGCUUUGGGUCGUUCCUCUGGUAACUAUGUCAUCAUUGUUGGCCACGACGUUGACACUGGCAAGACCCGUGUCAAGUUGCCCUCUGGUUCUAAGAAGGUUGUCCCUUCUGCCGCUCGUGGUGUCGUCGGUAUCAUUGCCGGUGGUGGUCGUGUCGACAAGCCCUUGCUUAAGGCCGGUCGUGCUUAUCACAAGUACAAGGUCAAGCGCAACUGCUGGCCCAAGACUCGUGGUGUUGCUAUGAACCCCGUCGAUCACCCUCAUGGUGGUGGUAACCAUCAACACGUUGGUCACUCUACCACUGUUCCCCGUGGAUCCAACGCUGCUUUAACCGUUGGUAACGUUUUGCCCGUCGGUGAGAUGCCUGAAGGUACCAUUGCCUCCAACGUCGAAGAAAAGUCUGGUGACCGUGGUGCUUUGGGUCGUUCCUCUGGUAACUAUGUCAUCAUUGUUGGCCACGACGUUGACACUGGCAAGACCCGUGUCAAGUUGCCCUCUGGUUCUAAGAAGGUUGUCCCUUCUGCCGCUCGUGGUGUCGUCGGUAUCAUUGCCGGUGGUGGUCGUGUCGACAAGCCCUUGCUUAAGGCCGGUCGUGCUUAUCACAAGUACAAGGUCAAGCGCAACUGCUGGCCCAAGACUCGUGGUGUUGCUAUGAACCCCGUCGAUCACCCUCAUGGUGGUGGUAACCAUCAACACGUUGGUCACUCUACCACUGUUCCCCGUGGAUCCGUUCCUGGUCAAAAGGCUGGUCUUAUUGCUGCCCGCAGAACUGGUCUCUUGCGUGGUGCUGCCGCUGUCGAAAAUUAG